CUUAAAAAGUCCUUCCAAAAAAAAUAUUACUUAUGAAAGAAAAGUGCAUAAUAUGAAUAUCAAAUGAUAAAAAAUAAGAAAAAAAAAUAUAUUUUGAAAAGAGAUCAAAUAUAAUCAAAGAAAACGCAUUCCAAAAUAGAUUUAAAUCUCAAUAUAAAUAUAGAGAGAGAAAUUGGGCGGCAAGAAUCCAUAAUUAAUCAAAAUUUGUUUAUUUUGGCUUAUUAUUAAGCAUGAAAAAGAAUGCAUCAUCCUCUCUGCCCAAUCUCCUUCCCCAUCUCCAAUCCAUUUCGCUUAUCCAUUCCGCCGCCACCAUCGCCCAACUCCGGCAACCACAAGAUUUUCCACUCGAUAACACAUUAAAAUCCAUCAAGUACGACCAACCAACUAUCAAAACGACAUCGCUUCCACGCACUGAUGAAAGCCCAAGAGAGCUCUUGAUUUCUAUCAUUAAAUCAUGCUCUUGCAAGACCCUUCUGCUCCAAAUCCACGCUCAUAUAAUCCGUACAUCUCUCGUUCGAGACCAUGCCAUUUCCCUCGAGUUCUUGGCUCGCUCUGCUCUCUCGCCAUUUCGUGAUUUGAACUACUCGCGGCUGGUUUUCUCUGAGAUUUCGAGACCCUGUGUUCUUCAUUAUAAUGUUAUGAUCAGGGCUUUCUCCACGAGUGAUUCGCCUGAGGAUGGGUUUUAUGUGUAUAGAGAUAUGAGAAGGCGAGGCCUUAAUGCGGACCCAUUGUCGUCGUCGUUUGCCCUCAAGUCUUGUAUUAGAGUCUCGUCGAUUUCAGGUGGGAUUCAGGUACACACGAGGAUUUUAAGAGAUGGGCAUCAAUUAGAUAGCCUUUUGCUAACAACUUUGAUGGACUUAUAUUCUAGCUCUGGGAGAUUCUGUGAAGCGCGUAGAGUGUUCGAUGAAAUGCCUCACAGAGAUACGGUUGCUUGGAAUGUGUUGAUUUCUUGCUAUCUGCGUAAUAAACGGACCCGGGAUGGUUUGGCUUUGUUUGAUGUUAUGCGGGGUGAAGAAUAUGGAUGUGAUCCGGACGAGGUUACUUGUUUGCUUAUGCUCCAAGCCUGCGCCAACUUGAAUGCACUGGAGUUCGGUGAACGUGUGCAUGCUUACAUAGAAGAACAUGGUUAUGGUGGUACUAAUUUGCGGAAUUCUCUUAUAUCAAUGUAUUCAAAAUGUGGAUGUUUGGAAAAGGCUUAUGAAGUUUUCAAGGGAAUCCGUAAUAAAAACGUGGUUUCAUGGAGUGCCAUGAUUUCAGGUUUUGCGAUAAAUGGACAUGGCAAAGAAGCUAUAGAUGCGUUUAAAGAGAUGGUGAGGAUGCGUGUUCCACCUGAUCCUCAGACUUUUACUGGCGUUCUAUCAGCUUGUAGUCAUUGCGGAUUUGUUGAUGAAGGAAUGAUGUUUUUUGAUCAAAUGAGCAAAGAGUUUGGGAUAUCACCUAACAUCCGUCACUAUGGCUGCUUGGUGGAUCUAUUAGGCCGUGCUGGUCUGCUUGAUAAGGCGUAUCAGAUUAUAGUGUCAAUGAAUAUUAAGCCGGAUCCGGAAAUAUGGAGGACCUUACUUGGGGCUUGUAAAAUUCAUGGCCACGUUAACCUUGGUGAACAAGUUGUUGGCCAUCUGAUUGAACUCAAGGCUCAAGAAGCUGGAGAUUAUGUUCUGUUGUUGAAUAUCUAUUCUUCGGCUGGCAAGUGGGACAAGGUAGCAGAAGUGAGGAAGUUUCUCAAGGAUAAAGCAAUACAAACUACACCAGGAUGUAGCACAAUUGAAGUGAAAGGAAUGUUAUAUGAAUUUGUAGCCAACGAUGUUUCGCUUCCACAAAAGAGCAAAAUCUAUGAGAUGUUGGAUGAGAUCAACAGUCAGCUGAAGAUUGCUGGUUAUGUAGUUGAGAUAUCAUCUGAAUUGCACAAUCUGGGAGAAAAGGAAAAACAAUGUGCCCUCACUUAUCACAGUGAAAAAUUAGCCAUUGCUUUUGGGGUUCUCUCAACUCCUCCUGGAACAACGAUCAGGGUGGCAAAAAAUCUACGGACUUGUGUUGAUUGCCACAACUUUGCUAAGAUUCUCUCAGGCGUUUAUAACAGAGAGGUGAUUGUCAGAGACCGCACCCGGUUUCACCAUUUUCGAGACGGACAUUGCUCUUGCAAUGACUAUUGGUAGGAGCAUUCAAAGUUUCAAGAGAACACUGAAAAAUGGAGAUGCUGUAUCCAAAUGAAUUUGACUAGCUGAAUUCAGUUGGUUUGUUCUCUGGAUCAAUGUCAAGAAGGUGUAUGCAUAUCAUAACAGAGAACGGGGUUUCAACUUAGAACCGUGGAUGGCUGCUUAGCCAUUGACAAUUACUGUCUGGUACUUGAUAGUAUUCUGAUGUUGGGUUCCAGAUGUGAGGGGUUAAUUCCUUAAAGCUGGCUCUAAUCUCCCUUCUGAUCUAAAUUUUAGGAGUGUUGAUUAGUUUAACUAUACCCAUCAAAGAAUUCUUCUACAAUCAAGGUCACUGAUUGGUUAUUGGGUCCUACAAUUUUGGUGAUUUGUUUGGUUGACUCCAGCCUUUGAUAACAGUUCAUGUUUGAUGUAAAAUAGAAUAUUGAUUUGUUUAAAGAGAAAAAUUUGACCAUCGGCCGAAGCUGAGUGUAUGAAGGAAUAUAAGAAAGGCAGUUAUAUCACCAAAGGCAAAUCUAUUAUUUGGAUGAUUAAGCAGUACCAAAAUCUUAAUAGAAACUACAAGUUAGAAUGUGACGCAUGACAACAGCUUAUUAGAUUUACAUGUAUCCGAAGUUAUUUUUAGGAUUCUAUAUUGAAUAAGUAUGAGAUGAGACUGGAAACUAUUUUGACUCUCUUCUCUUAUAGACUGGUCUUUUUUGUAGUAAACUCUACACAAGUGGUUGUAAUAGUUAUCAUCAGAAUUUUUAAUGAAAUUGUUGUUGUCUAAUAAGUUGCA